AUGCCAACACGCGCCGAAAUCGACUCCCUCCCCCUUUCCCCCGCCCACAAAGCGCGCCUGCUAUGUCGCCACAACAUCGUAGAAACCACAUCCGGACUCGCAGGCGACUACGUGCAAGCAAACCUCAUCGUCCUACAAUCCGACUACGCCAAUGACUUCCGCAUGCUCUGCGCCCGCAACCCCGUACCUUGUCCGAUUCUGGGCUGGACGCCUGUGGGCGAUCCGCGACGGAUAAUACCUACUUCUCCAGGCAUAUCAGUUAUCGAUGAGAGCGCGGAGAGCGAUUUUGAUAUUCGCACUGACGUGCCGUACUACAACAUCUUCCGCACCAUCAAUGACACCAACCAACCAGGCAAAAAGAAGGUGGUGAUAGAAACAAAAUCAGACCUCCUCGCCGACUGGACACCUCACCACAUUGCAUUCUUAAUCGGCUGCUCAUUCUCCUUCGAGCAGGCCCUGACUCAAUCAGGGUUGAGAAUCUGUCAUCAAGAAGACUCGCGCACAGUCGCGAUGUAUCAGACCAGUAUCCCUUUACUACCAGCCGGAAUCUUUCAUGGGAGUACCUUUGUGGUGAGUAUGCGGUUAUACAAAGAUGACGAAAUCGAACAAGUCAGAAAUGUGACCAGGCCGUAUCUGGCUUCGCAUGGAGAACCGGUUGCUUGGGGCUGGGAGGACGCAAAACGCAUCGGCGUCAAUGAUUUGGGGAAUGUGGAUUAUGGAGACAAACAAAUUGUGAGGGAAGACGAUGUUCCUGUCUUUUGGGGCUGCGGCGUCACGCCUCAAUUCGCAGUCGAAAAAGCGCUUGAACGAGACGCCAUUGCAGGAACGGUCAUGGCACACAAGCCGGGACACAUGCUGGUGACGGACUGGAAGACGAGUGAUUUUCUGGCGCAUACGAGGAUGCAAUUAGGUUUGAGCAUGGAACAUUGA